UAUUCUGUGCCAGCCGAACAAUGUUUUGUUUGCAAUAUUGGAGGAUGCUGACACCCAGCUACUGCUUUUGGAGGCUGCUAUCCUGUGCAGUAACCUCGCAUUUGCCGUGUUUAUCUGCCAGGCCGCUGUCCAGACGCCGGAUAAGGGCACCAUUCAAGUGUCUGGCAAGGUCGACGGUGAUUCAGCUGUGAUCUGGACGCCACACUUGGCAUGUUGGCGCAGGUGGCACCAUGGCCCGUUUUAAACCAACUGCUGGGUGGAGAUAUGGGCGAUGUCAUUCAGCGGUUGAUGGAGCAUAGCGUCAGUGUGGCCGAGGGUGACCUUGAAAACGCGCUGUCCUCACUUCAGGUGUCGGACGACUCAGAUUUCGGGUUUGGUACGCAAAGGGGCGUGACCGCGUCGACCCGCUUGGCAGUGUUUGAUAUCAGCGUGGCUGGGGUACCCGAGCCCCUGGCCGUUCAAAUCAACGCUUCCUCGGAUUAUCUCAGCUCACACGCAUCGGGCCUGUUUUUGGCCGACCGGUUCUUGGACUGCAUGGUAAUCCGCGCAACGCAGAGCCUGACACCUAAGCCCAGACUGCAGUUAUUCGCUGAUACAGUCUACUCUGCAGCCGCAGCUAAUCCGGACGGCCCGCAGUGGCUUGCCGCAAUAAAGCAUGCAUUCGGUCAUGGCGAGAUUUCGCCUGCGCGUGCUGUUGCUCUGUUGCAGUCAUAUAUGGUUGCGGACCGCUUAGACCAGGAAGAGAGCGUGGGCCAGUGGUGGAGCGUAUACACUGCCAGUACGAUCGCGUCAGCGUACGAGACAAGGGGCCUGUUGUGUGCGCCGAGCAAGCUGGCUUGGCCAAGUAUCCCGGCCGACCAGCGCGCUGUCGAUAUCGUGGUGCACGCGGUGCCAGCUAGCCACCGCGUCGACCUAUGCUUUGCGCAUGUGCCGCAGCUAGAUUGGAGGGCCACAUCCAGGACCCCUUUGUCAGCGACUUUACUGACUUUAGAGGCGUUGUCGACUUGGGCGCCAUGGCCGGCGCAGGUGUAGAUGUGACAAAGGCAAAGGAGGUUCUGCUAUACCUUAGCUCGGGGUCGGCGGCCAGCGACUAUACUAAUGGGCUGAACACGGACCUUUUAAUGGAAGGAUCAGGAAAAGUCCGAUUCACCGCUACUGGCACGUUCGACCCGGCGUCGCAGCUGAUCGCACACAUGUCCACCCAGCCAGCAUGCCCGCCCACACUGUUGACUGUAGACUUCAACGCCAAUGCUGUCAUGCAAAUGGCGAACUAUAUCCCGCAGCUAUUUGCCAUGCUGUCCUACAAGCACACUGGCUCCCUAGAUUCGCAGCCCACCGAUAUCACCAUCAGCCACAACGCUCUGGGCAUACUCGAGUGCCUGGCAGCGAGCGAUCCCGAUUUGAUUAUGUUCCAUGCGGUGGUAGCCAGCAGGUCGCUCCCAAGACAUCCAGAGCCAGUCAGCUGGUCGCGCAUCUGC